AUGAAACCGACCUUCGCUCCACACACACCAGUACCUCAGCCAUCCUAUUCCCAGGCCAGAGAGAAUCUGGUGAAGGCUAUCCCACCCAAACUCCUCUGUCUGCUUGCCUGUGGGGGUCUUGACUGCCGCUAUGAAGGACCAGAGUGCUGGAGACUGAAUCAGCAGGCCAUCAGAGGGGUUUUCUCCUCCUGGGUGACAGAUGACAUUAUUGCCAUGGCACGACCAUCCAACCAUCUGAUUGAAAAGUACAACAUAAUAGAUCAAUUUAAAAGAUUAAACAUCAAGUCUAUUAUCAACAUGCAGCUGCCAGGAGAGCACGCUCACUGUGGACCAGCCCUGGAUUGUCAAAGUGGCUUCACAUACUCGCCACAGAUCUUCAUGGACAGUGACAUUUACUUCUACAACUUUGGGAUGCCAGAUUUCGGUGUGUCCUCCCUGGUUGGUGUUAUUGAUGCAGUGAAAGUUUUGACCUUUGCAGUGAAGGAGGGAAAAGUGGCCGUACACUGCCAUGCAGGCCUGGGCAGGACAGGUGUCCUAAUAGCCUGUUACUUGAUCUACACGCUGCAUAUCAGCCCAAGUGAGGCGGUCCACUUUGUGAGGAUCAAACGUCCACGCUCUAUCCAAACCAGGGCUCAGAUCAGCCAGGUCUUUGACUUUGCACGCCUGACUGGCACACAGCUGGUACAAUACCCAGACCUCAGCCUGCGGCACGGAGCCCCUUUCACCCUGCAGCACUAUUUAAACCGGCAAGCACUGCUGCUGCACGGACAGGAGGCACGCUCACUCAGACACAUACCAAAGGUGAUCUACCUCCUCUGUGUGCGUCUGUCCUGCUUGGCUCUGGGUCUCCCUGCUCCUCCAGAUGUCCACGCUGAGCUGGAUAAAAGGGCAGCACUGAGGUCCCUGGGCAGGUUGGUGAGGGAGACCCUGGCAGCCAAACAGUACCUGCCCCUACUGAGGGAGGGUCAUCAGGGCUCAUGGCUGGACACAGAUUCAGUAUCAUCCUGGGACGAGCCACUGGGGUUCAUAGAGGGUGAGGGAGAGGUGCUGCUGGAUAGACGCAGCUACAGUGACUCUGAUCUCAACAAGAUCACAAACAGUGAGAAUCUGGAGAGGAGUCCAUACUGCACCCCAGCACUCAGAAACCUGAGACUCUGGUGUGUACAAGAUCUAAAAGCUGAUUUAAUCCCCAAAAAGAAAUCCUAUAAACUCGACAUCCCAAUUUCACACAUAGGAACAAGCAUCGACUGCACUGAGAGGUGCACAUGCACAGCUAAAAAACAACUUUAUAAAUCCAUCUCCAUCACCAAGUUGGGCAGAAACUCACAACAUCCAGGCCCAAGCUCUGCUGCCCGUACUGUUGCUAAAGCCAUGGCAGAUCCAGGUCCUGCAGGGGAAACCAUCCUGCAAAGAUCAGCUCUGCUUCAGGAGGAGCUGAACAGCAGUGAGUGUGGCUGGGCUCUGCUGGUCACUGAGUCUGAUCCUCACGUUCUCAGCUGUCUGUUGUGGACCUGGUUGGAAAAAUUAAGGGAGCCAGUUCUGGGUGCAGAGGAUGUGGACAAGUUAAGUCAAGGAGCAAACAACAAGAAGCCCCUCAGUGUGCUCAGGAAGCCCCAGAGACACACUGUCUACUGUCUGCUGAGCUGUGUGAGUACAGUGAGCAGGUUUUGUCCUCACAGAGAGGAAGCACUGUUGUCACGACUGAUGAGGUCGCUAACAAAGCGCCCUCUAGAGGAGAUGGAAAGCCUUGCAUCUUUGAUGGAAGUCCUGAAGUCAAGUUUGAGAGAAACCUGCCACAACUACCAACACCACAGCAGAACCUGCAGCACAGAUGCCACUCUCUGAAGAGCAGCAUGGAAAACAGAAGCAAUUCUCCCUGUUUAUGAUAUUUAAUCCAAUGGGAUUGAUUUUAGGAAAAAAUAGCCAAAACCAACUCUUCUUACUACUUUCUACCUGUGG